UGUUUAUUUAUUCCUCCUAUCUCCCUGCUUCCGCGGCGCGUCCCACUUUUAUUUAUUAUUAUUUUUUUGCGCUGGAAAUUUGGGGUUUAAAGGGACUGCGGGGCAGCGGGGUUGCAGUCACUCCGUCCGGUGCACGGCGCGCGGACAGACAGACUGACGGACGCACGCACGCACGGAGCGGUCUCUAAUCUAACCGGAGGACGGGACCAGGGGCUGUGGGUCCGACGCUGCUGCUGUGCGGGUGCGGAACCGGCCGGCCUUCCGUGAUAAACAGGCAGGAUGAGUGACUCGGCCAAAGGAAACCAGUCUGUCUCCCCGAAGGGCAAAGACGGGGCGGAGAAGAGGGGGCGUGGCCGACCGAGGAAGCAGCCACCAGUGAAGAGCCGAGAGGAGCCCAGUGGGUCACCCACACCGAAGAGGCCCCGGGGCCGACCCAAAGGGAGCAAGAACAAGAGCACCGGCAAGAGCAAAAAAACACCAGAAUCUACAGGGGCGAAACCCAGAGGGAGACCUAAGAAGGCAGAGAAGGAGAAGGAACAGGGUUCGCAGGAGUCAUCCGAGGAAGAGGAGGAAGAGGAGGAGGAGGGGGAGCAGUAACCCACCUGGACGCCGCACUACCUCAUCACUCAACUUACUGACUUCCUGUCGACCAGAGCUGGACCGCGCCAAUAACCUCUCCCCCCCCCCCACCCCCCCGUUUAUCUGCAGCAGCACUGGAAACGAAAACUGACCUGAGAGAUGAUCUAUAUGUAUGUCUAUAUAUCACACAACAAACUGGUGACAUCCCAUUAGAUCUCCUAGUGGGUUUGGGUAUUGCAGACGCGCUUUUAUACUGGACAAAGGUGAAUUUGCCUACAUGAUUUUUGUUUUUAUAUCUUUGUGAGGUGUGAAGUGUUAUUUCAAGACUCCAGACUGAGUGUAGACGAGUGUAUCACCAGGCACGUAGUCAUGUAGUAAAGUGACCGGUUUGAAGACCCCCCCCCCCCCCCCCCCCUAAAAAAAAAAUUUUUGUAACCAAUUAGGCAUAUAGUCAAAUAAUUUGAACCCUCCUCAAAAGUUGCUUCAAUCCUCCUGGUUGGUAAAAUCUACCAAGUGGGACUUAUCAGUAGGGUUGCUGUCAAAGUGAAAUUUAUUCUCUGGCUAUAGGUGACACCCCUCCCCCUACACUAUUGCGUCAGUGACUGUGGACCUGCAGUUAAUAAUUAAUAAUGUUCAUAUAUGAUAUGUCUUAUGCUGCAUUUUCUCCAUCUCCUCCCCCAGACUGGUGGCUCCAUCGCUGGGUGUCGGUAGUUGUUUUGUUUUACUGGGGAUGUGGAUGCGGAAUCCUGACCCUGCACCCUCUGAUUCUCCGCACGAGGUUUUGGGUACUGGCAGAGUCUGCCCAGUCUGCAGCUUUGCCCUGAAUGUCUCAUGAACGCAGGGAUUAGAGCAGCCAAACCCAGGUAGUGCUCACUAAUGUCCACUCCUGGCUUUUUAUUUGUUUGUUUUUUUUGGUGGGGGGGCUUUACUUAUCCUAUAGCUGUGGGGCCUGACGUACAGGAUUCAGUGAUACUCAUAAUUCAUAAACCAAAGGGUCCACAGUUCGGAGGGGCUGGGUUCAGUAAACCAGGGGGGGUUCGUGGAUCCUGUGGUCUCUUGGUUUCAGCUGUGACCCCUUUCAAGCACUGGGUCUCCUCCUGUCCCCCCAGUCCCAUUCUCACCGUGCCGUGCGUGGAAGUGUCACUUGGCCGCAUCAGACCGAACAACUGCAAUGUGUGUGUAGUGUAUUAAGCCGCUUGAUAAGGGAUGCUGUUGUUCUUUAUUUCCUAGCUGUCAGGGAACUCUCGAUCACAGCCUGCAUGACAGGCCUAUCCUCAAUCAUGCUGCUACUACUCAGUUACUUCCCGGUAUACUGCAAACAGGUGGAGCCCUGUUCUCCAUACCUCACUUGAUGACAGCUUGCUCUGCCUUCCUGUCCCAUGUGGUCCUGGUUCCCUGACGUUCCAGGGGAGCUUCUGAACCCCUGGGCUUUCCUCUGUCUCUGGGGUUUUAAGACACUGGUUGUCACCUUUGUGAUUUUGGGGAUUUUUUUUUUUCCUUCUGUGAAACCACCUACAUCAGGGAGAUAUUAACCUGUCAGCUUCUGCAGAUGUGUUUGCUGGUUGUAGUAGUUCUGUGUGUUUUUUUUUCGCACUGAAACGUGUUGUAGUGAAGCCCCGUGCUUAGUCUUCAGACAUGCGUGUAGGAGAACCGCACUUGUUUCCCGUAGAAGGGCAUGAUGCUGUAGUUAAGCUCUGUACUUCAUCGGGAUACAGGGCUCCCAUUCCAAAGUCCCACCCUGCUAUCAAAGCACUCCCAAACACUCAUGCUAGUCUGAAGGUCAGCACCGGAUAAGGGGAGUAACAUCUGGGCCAUGCCCUGUAAGUCGAGACAACGACGGGCCGGGGACAAUACCAGCUAGCUUCUAUAAAGGGCUUCAUCUUCUCUGGCAGCCUUGUCCUCCUCCAUCCUUUGGGUGUUCAGCGCCUCUAGCCGUAGUGACAUUCCUUGUAUCUUUGUUUUAAAACAAUAUUUGUUUGAUCGCUGAAAUGAGCGUAACCUCUCCUGCUCUCGUGAUUCCUAUGGGACUUGCUGCUGUAGCUAAUUAGCCAGAUGGAAGAAGCUCUGUUUUCUCGGAUGAAUGCUUUGGCUGCUCAAUGCAAACAGUUCAAAACCUUCUGCUAUAUUGUACCCAGCCCCCUCACCUUAAUGUUUUCCUAUUCUACAUACUGGCUGUUCUUGUACCAUUAAAACAUACAUACCCAUCCCCCAUCGUGCCUCAUUCAACCCCCAACUACAGUCUCCCUCCAGCCCCGAUGACACAUCCAAAGACCGAUUGCGGUGGCAGCCAGCACAGGCCACUGAUGCAGAUUCAAGAGUCUCUGACAGGCCGAUGGCAGUCGUGACUCAGAUCAGAUCCCAUCUAAGUGCCCCCAACUCCACGAAUUACAGCAUGCAGAAUAUGUGCUUAAUUUCCGACUGAGCAAAUGUAUCUCGACUCAGGAAUAAGAGGACAGCUUGCAUGGCCUGUCCCUCAGAUUCAAGAAAGGUUCUUGUCCGCUGUUUUCAUUUUGGCGGCUAAUGAUAACAAGCUUUGGUCUGAAAGAUGUUCCUGGACCACUUCAUAGUAUGGCGAAUGUGGGAAGUGGGCAGGAUGUUCCUUAGAAACACCCUAUGGAGUGCUGUAAGACAGACUGUUCAGAUAUCUGCAGUCCUAUAUGCACAUUACAGUGAGGUUAGGCAAACUUCUUGGUGUUUGGGGUGGGAUCUGCGCAUCAGAGCAACUGAUUUGGAUUCUCCAGACUUCACAUGCGGCAUCCUCAUUGACAUCACCGCUGACGCGGGAUGAAUGCAGGAUAUGUGCCCUCAUUUGUGUUGCACCUACCUCUGGAUCAUAUGACUCAUGGAUGCUGCUGUUCUGAGAUAUCUCAUCAGCGAAUCGUAGCUGAUACUCACCUUGUUUUCCUCUAUCUGCUUUAUGUUUAAUUUUUUUCUUCUCGCUGCCAAAUGCAGAAGAAUUGUACAGACCCACCAGAACACUGUGCUACUAGUCCUGUUCGCAGAUGUGACUUCCUGAACUGUUGGACACCGUGUCUACCUGUGAUCACUCUUUCUGUCUUGUUGCUUAAUAUUUGGAGUAGGGGUAUUACUGUGGUCAGAUAGGAGCAUGCCCCUCAUAUACACACAACUCUUUUAAUAAAUUCAAUAUUACAGGACAAUUCGAAUGAGCCUUUCUUUGUCCUUUCUUUGACCUCCUAUGAGUUUUCUCCACAGCUGUCCAAGCUGUGAUGAGGUCUUUCAAUGCUGUUCUUUGGCCUAAGAUUCAAACUCACUACCUCUACCUACAUGCUACUCUGACUGUUGGGACACUUUGUCCCAAAGCAACUCAUCUCUAGUUCCUACUGCUCCAUCCCAGCAUAGGGAUAAUUGUGAGUCCUUCGCUCCUCUGAUGGCACUCUACAGGGUUCAGGGAUGCUAUAACCUUCAAGGUUUUUCAUUCCCCCUCAGUCUCUGACUGGUACACCCACCAUGCAUGAAACUUGAACUAGCAAGGAUGAUGUCAGGGGGCUGGGAGACCAGCACUGUGUCGGUCAGGUUAUGCGCAUUGGGAUGCAAAACACAAUACGUGACAAUUAGCAACAAGGCUAAUAAAAAAAAAAAAACAAAGGGAAGGGGUAACACCACCCACCUAUUGUCAAGGAUAAAGCUGCCAAUGAAACAGAUGGAAACAAGUGUUAUUCAGGAGCUGAUAUUCUGUAACCCAUCUCCAAGCCACCACACCAUCUGCAUCCUGUGAUCCAUUCAUGUCCCGCAUUGCUAUGCCGUGUGACACUGUCACAAAUAAAAAUGCCAAGGAAUC